GCCUCGGGGCAGCGCCUCCAAACCAAACCAGAAGUACAGACACUUCCCUGCGAGCGCAACUCCACUUGGACACUCAAACCUGACUCAAACACAACAAGUCCUUCUUUCUCAACAGCUGCUGUCGCCUAGGCAACCGCCUUGGUCACGUGGAUAGAUCAACACUUCCGCUGUUCUAGAGCAGGAGCGUCAGCAUGCAGCAGCAGCAGCAGCAGCAGCAGCAGCCAGAGUUCAGGCUGCUGUACUGUCUGUCAUGAAGAAGCGAGCCAACAAGAUGCUGAGGCAGGAGGAGGAGGACGCCUUGUGCUGCUGUGAGUAUGUGAACAGACAAGGAGAGCGCAGCCAUGUAGCAGCCUGCUGCUGCGACUGUGAGGACCUGGACGAUGUUUGUGACAGGUUUCUUAAGAGGGAGCCUCAGAAACCUAAUUCUCUGUCCCAGGUGGGUGAAGACAUUUCAGAUCGGAUUCGUGUGCCGUGGCUGUGGGGUGGAGCCCGAAAAUUGGACCUCUCUAUUAUCCCGCCUCUUAUUCUUCUUCCCGCCCUGCUGCAUCUCGCUGCUCUCCAUUUCCUGCUUGGCAUUGUGGUCCUGACAGCUUUGCCCGGUUUAGUGUUGUGGUACUACUACAUCACCCACCGCAAGAAGGGAAAGACGCUCUUCUUUCUCAGCCUGGCCCUCUUCUCCUUGGCGUACAUGUACUUCUUGUUUGUAACAGAGGUGCUCCCCCAUGGCCAUGUCGGUGCACUUGAGCUGGCGAUCGUGAGUCUGGGUGUCAUCCUCACCGUUCUCGCCCUUUUUCACGCUAAAAGAGAUCCAGGCAUUGUUCAGCCAAACAAAGAGACCAUCCACAGCACAGUGACAUAUUACAGCCCCCUGGCAGACAGAGACUUAUCCCUCAAUGGCGGCAAGCAGGGUAUUACAUUGACGGUGGCCAACCGGACAGGAUCGUUGGAGCACGAGGGGAUGGAGCAGAAGGAGGCUGAGCGACAGAACUGGUGUGCGGCGUGCAGACUGGUCCGGCCUCCGAGGGCAGGACACUGUCGGAUCUGUGGUGUCUGUGUGCUGCGUCACGACCACCACUGUGUCUGGAUAAACAGCUGCGUGGGAAAGGCCAAUCACCGCAGCUUUCUCCUUACACUGGUCUUCUUCCUGCUGACGUCCCUGUACGGCAUCAGCCUGGUGCUGAAGAGUGUGUGUCCACAGCAAAACCCCCUGACUGCCUUAUUCUUCUGCCCGGGAGUUUACAACCAGUACAGCACUUCACUUUGUUUCACCUGUGCAUGGUAUAGCAGUAUUGUAACCUGCGGGCUGCUCCACCUGCUGGUAGUGCAAGUCAUCAACAUCAGCUACAAUGUGACUGAGCGUGAGGCACGGACUGCCCUGAGAGAGAAAACUGCUCGCAGCGCCUACUGGGGACUCGUCGUGGACACUGGCGUUUAUUCUCUGGGUUUCAGUGGAAAUUGGUUUGAGUUUAUAAACAUGGGAGACAAACUAAAUCACCCCUCCUCUUCCGACCUGGUGUGAGAGACUGGAUGUAUAGCUGCUGUUCUGUUGUUGUCCACUAGAUGGCACAAUGGGUCUUUAAUUUAAUCUAAAACUGCUUCUCUGCUGUUGACAGCAGACCUGAGAGAACUGUUCUGGAGCUGUGCCGACUAUGACGUAUAGCUUUAACAACUUUACACCCCAAUAACAUUGUCUCACUGCUAUAACUGUGAUUGACAAGUGGCAUCUCAUUAUUGCAGGUGAAACCUCUCCCAUUCAGACCCAUACAUUGCUGUGACAUUCUCAUCCGUCACGCACAAUUAUCACUGGAUGUCUUCCUUGGAAUUGGGCACCAAGUUCAUGUCACUCCUACAUUUUAGUGCCUUGUUGGAAACAAAUGUGAAACAAUAAAGCCUGUCAUUUAUAUCUUGUAGGGCCAUUAAGCCCAGCGUCCACCGACAGAAUACGCCUGUGGUUAUAAUAGGACCCGAUCAAAGAUGGUGUGUGUUCGCUCAUUAAACCUCUUCUAUCUUUGUUAAACACUUGGCUGUACUUGGCCUUGUGAAAUGCAUCAUUGAUAUUCAUCACGGAUAAAUGAAAGAUCUUAGCAAAAAACUACUUUAAACACUCAAGCAAGUGAUUGACAUGAAACAUGGUGACUUUGACUGUUUUUAAUGAUAACAGACUUCUGCAUAAAAUGAAAAAAGCAAAUGACACACCUCAAAUGAAGUACACUUCAAAGCACAUAUCUGUCAUUUCUUUUUUUAGUUUCUAGUUCAAUUAAAGACCUUUUUUUUUCUUCUUGUACCUUUAUAACUGUAAGUCAAGAUGUGUGCCUGUGGUAUUGUAUGUGUUGGAUUUAAAAUAUUUUUAAUUAAAUGACA